UCGGUACGUUAGCUGAAAAUUGUUAGUUGAGAUGGAACCGUAUCCAAACGGCUUUUUAAGUUACACGGUGGCUGUACAUCUUAAAUCCCCGCAACACCAAAUGGAGGAGGCACUGCGUCAGGGAGCGGGGUGCUGGAACGCAAUGAGUUCGCGAGAAAAGAACCGGUACCGAACGAAAUACCAGAAACAAUAUGUCAGCAACAGCUCCACUUCGCGUCAUCGGCGUCAAUCGGUGAAACUCAAACAAAUGGGAUGCUGCCGCAAGAAUACAGUGCCCAAGUGUUCCCGGAAGCCCAGGACUCCGGCCUGCAGGCCAAGGAGCAUCAGUAGUUGUACCCAGAAAUGCAGCACCAUCCGCUCGAGGCGUAAAUGCAUGCUGAAGAAGUCACCAGAAAGCAUGGCCACGGACGUGAAGUUUAACGAGUCGCUGGGCUGCACUGAUCCGCAGACACAUCCGGUCUUGAUCAUCGGCCAGUUGCGCCAUCUGAAUCUGCUGAAGUUCAGUCAUCUUGAGAGCAAACUCAGUCCGCGCGUCAACGAGGAGACCUUCCUGAAUGCCGUCGCUUGUCUGCAUCCCGCGCCCACCGAUAAGGUAUCCCUCUACCUCGAUGUGGCCACCGUGGCUGCCCUGCCAUUGAAGUCAUCCCGGCACAAUACGGCAUCCCGGGCUCAUGCCAUCACUCGUCUGGUGAAGAACCAUGUGCUAAAUGUUUCCGAGGAGAGCGUGGUGCUGGUCUGCGAGCGCGAGAAUCUAUUCGCCAGCGCCUGUGCGGUGGUUCGCGCUUUUCCACUCUAUUCCCGCAAAACGGGCAAUCUGCUGGCCUCAAGUCAGUCCAAAAAUCUUGGAUGCGGAGAUGGAAAUGCAAAUUCAGGACGCAACGUAGUCAAUGUUGAGUUUGUGCUAAUCAACAAGGAUGGCUGCAUUGAGAGCGAGCCUUUGACAGACGACGAGCUAAAUUGCCUGAAUGAGACCACACGGGCAAUUCGAAUGACUGCUCGCAUUGUAGACAUGCCCUGCAACGAGAUGAACGUCGACCACUUCAUCCAGGAAGUCGAGGAUGUGGGCAGGGAGCUGUGCAUUACGCCAAAAGUAAUCCGUGGCGAGAAGCUGCUUGAGCAAGGAUUUGGCGGCAUUUACGGCGUGGGCAAAGCUGCGGCUGUGCCGCCUGCCCUCGUUGUGCUCUCCCAUGAGCCAAAGGGCGCCCAGGAGACCAUCGCUCUGGUCGGCAAGGGCAUCGUCUACGACACCGGUGGCCUCAGCAUCAAGGCCAAGACCGGCAUGCCCGGCAUGAAGCGGGAUUGCGGCGGAGCGGCGGCGAUUCUCGGAGCCUUCUACGCGGCUGUCCAGUGCGGAUUUAGGGAUAACUUGCAUGCCGUCUUCUGCCUGGCGGAGAACUCUGUCGGACCAAAUGCCACUCGCCCCGAUGACAUUCACACCCUUUACUCGGGCCGCACAGUGGAGAUCAACAACACGGAUGCCGAGGGUCGCUUGGUGCUCGCCGAUGGCGUUUGCUACGCCAACAAGGAUCUGAAGGCCAACAUUAUUCUCGACAUGGCUACAUUGACUGGAGCUCAGGGCGUUGCAACAGGCAAAUAUCAUGGUGCCGUAUUGACAAACUCGGAGACAUGGGAGGCAAAGUCGUUGCAGGCUGGACGCAAAUCCGGCGAUUUAUUGGCAUCCAUAAUUUAUUGCCCCGAAUUGCAUUUCUCGGAAUUCGCUUCGGCCAUUGCCGAUAUGAAGAACUCGGUGGCGGAUCGUCAGAACGCCCAAUCCUCAUGCGCUGGACUAUUCAUUGCUGCCCAUCUGGGUUUCGACUAUCCCGGCACCUGGGUUCACGUGGAUAUGGCCACUCCCGUCCAUUGUGGGGAGCGAGCCACGGGAUACGGUGUAGCCCUGUUGUUGACCCUAUUUGGCGGGCACACCGACUCCAAGCUGCUCCAAUCCAUUGCCCCCACCGACGAGGAGCCGCCCUUGAAGCGCUGUUGCCGCGAUUAACUCAGCCUGCCUUUUCCUGUGCCACGUGCCUGACUGGAUUAACAUGCAUUUCCAUCAUUUUCUUUGCCCAAUUGGGAUCCGGCAUCAAAAGUCAAUUUGUGUAGCCGACAGGCAUUAAAAAAUCAAUAUUAUUUUAGAAAUACACGAUGUAUGAAAUUUAAA